AACACUGCAAGUACGUCGCGAAAUGCACGCACAGAGACGCUCCGAUUUAGAAUGUUCCUCAAAAAUCUACGUUAAAAUUUAUGAAACUUUACAAGGGAAUAAUAUAGUUCGCGACUUACAAACUCAACAUACUCGUUUCUUAUAUUGUUUAGUGUAUACUAGUGAUUGUUGUGGGUGACGAAUAUAUCGUGAAACUUGUGCGUCGUAAUUUGAAACAUGGUGCCGCUAGGACCGGGGCCCGGCCAUCCUACCGCACACCAAACUCACGGCGGGCCUUCCACUAACUUAUCUGGACCAAAUUCGCUAUCACAGAGUACUUCUCAAACUAAUAAGUCGUCAGUAGCGAAGCCGAAUUAUACGCUCAAAUUUACCCUCGCGGGCCACACGAAGGCCGUCUCCUCGGUCAAAUUCAGUCCCAAUGGAGAGUGGCUUGCUAGUUCCUCUGCUGAUAAACUUAUUAAAGUCUGGGGUGCUUAUGAUGGCAAGUUUGAGAAGACAAUAUCGGGACAUAAGAUGGGCAUCAGCGAUGUGGCAUGGUCGUCGGACAGCAGGUUGAUUGUCAGUGCCAGUGAUGACAAAACCUUAAAGGUUUGGGAGUUAAGUUCAGGGAAAUGCUUGAAGACCCUAAAAGGACACAGCAAUUACGUGUUCUGCUGUAAUUUUAACCCACAAAGUAACCUGAUUGUCUCUGGCAGUUUUGACGAGAGUGUACGGAUAUGGGAUGUCAGAACAGGUAAAUGCUUGAAGACGCUACCUGCACAUUCAGAUCCAGUAUCGGCAGUGCAUUUCAACAGAGAUGGCAGUCUGAUUGUAUCCUCCAGUUAUGAUGGAUUAUGUCGAAUUUGGGAUACAGCAUCCGGACAGUGCUUAAAAACGCUGAUAGAUGACGACAAUCCCCCAGUUUCUUUUGUUAAGUUCUCACCGAACGGCAAAUACAUUCUCGCUGCUACGUUGGACAACACACUCAAACUAUGGGACUACAGCAGAGGCAAAUGUCUAAAGACAUACACGGGACAUAAAAACGAAAAGUAUUGCAUCUUUGCCAACUUCAGUGUCACAGGCGGAAAGUGGAUAGUAUCAGGGUCUGAGGACAACUUAGUCUACAUCUGGAAUCUACAGUCAAAGGAGAUCGUACAACGGCUCUCGGGGCACACCGACACGGUACUCUGCACGGCGUGCCAUCCGACCGAGAAUAUCAUCGCGUCCGCCGCGCUCGAGAACGACAAAACAAUCAAGCUUUGGAAGAGCGAUACUUAAUGAACGUAAAAUGAGGACUGUACAUACAGUGAUCUGUAUAUGAUGGCUUCAUGUGGAAGGGCCCCCUAGCCGUUGGCUUGUGAAUAGUUUUAUAGAUUAAGUUUAUUAUUGUUUUCGGAAUUACGGACAAACGCAAAACAAUAUUUUAUUUAGACUUAGUCGAUCAGUGGUGGAGUGAGUGACUUUUAUUUGUUAAUAAGAUAAACAUAUUUUUGUAUGUGACAUGCAAUGAGGAGAUAUAAAAUGUUAGCCAUAAUGAUUUAGUAUAUUGAGUUAAGAGCCUGCUUAUCAUUAACUUGUUGGAGAUGAAAUAAAAAUUUAGCAGUUA